AUGGCAGCAGUUCCCAAUGAACGCGAUCCCCUCAUUCGCAAGCCUACCGCUCAAACGCGUCCUGUGCCAGACGUGGAAGAACAUGACGCAAAACACCGAUUAGGACCAUUGGAGAUUUCGGCGAGCAGGAGGCGGCGAGUGUUGGCUGGGUUAUGGAUAGGGACGUUCCUCGGAUCGUUAAAUUUAACGCUUGUCCCGACAAUGAUGCCCUCUAUAUCAUCCGAAUUCCAAAAGUUCCACCAAGCCAGCUGGCUAGGCACUGCAUACCUCCUUGCAACCUGCACCUUCACACCUCUUUAUGGUCGCUUAUGCAAUGUAAUGGGUCGCCGUGCGGCAAACCACACAGCAAUCUUCUUCGCGGCCGCGGGGACCAUUGGAUGUGGGUUUUCGCGAAACAUGGAGUCGCUCAUUGCCGCCCGCUUUCUUGCUGGUAUCGGCGGUGGCGGCCUAUUUACCACGUCAACAAUCAUCGUCAGCGACAUGUAUACUCUCAGGAAUUGGGGUCUCAUCCAAGGUCUUGCGAGCUGUUUUAAUGGCUUAGGUAUGGGACUUGGUGGACCAUUCGGUGGCGUCAUUACAGAUUUUUUGGGGUGGCGUGCUGCAUUCCUUCUCCAAAUCCCGCUUUACAUUGCCGCUGCUGUUAUGACGCAGUUUAAUGUAACCUAUGUAACGCCGGGAAAAUCCAAAGGAACUAAAGAGGUUUUAAAGCGGAUUGACUACUUUGGUAGUCUUACUCUCCUCACCGCAGUCGGAUCGCUGCUCCUCUUUCUUAGCUCAAGAUAUAACGAGAGUCUUCCGUGGCUCGAUACACGGGUCAUCAUUCCUCUCUCACUCGCCAUAGCCUUCUUCAUCGCGUUUCUCAUCGUCGAAAUCUUCGUGGCACCAGAGCCUGUCAUGGCCCCGUCAAUGCUGCGACAGAAAGUCCCCGUGCUCGUCAGCGCAUCGAAUUUCCUGGUGGCCGCGUGCAACUUCUCUGUGACCUACUUCUUCCCGAUGUGGUUCCAGGUUGUUACGCUACAGAGCGCUUCUACGGCGGGACUGCAUCUUAUGCCCAAUAGCGUCUCUAUGUCCACCGGCUCCAUGUUUGCGGGAUGGAUGAUGCACCGCACGGGUCGGUACAAGAAAAUCAACCUCAUCUUUGGCUUCUUCCCGUUCAUUGGAGCGACGCUGAUCUCGUUCAUGCGCCGAAGACUCUGGACCAAUUCAGUCCUGGCUCAGUAUCUCGCUUUGCUCGCGCACCUCCCAGAAUCACAAAUGGCCGUCGGAACAGGCUUUGGCCAGCUAUUCCGAGGCAUUGGCCAAGUCGGCGGCGUUGCGAUCUCUUCAGCGAUCUUCCAGUCCCGGUUAGAUAGCGAACUCAGAAAACGUUUUCCACCAGGCUCAGAGGACCUCAUUCUCCGAAUCAGACGAUCGAGCGCCGUAAUUCGCGAGUUGAUCCCCGAAGAGCAGCGUCUUGCGAGGGACUCUUACGCCGUCAGCCUCAAAACUGUCUACAUAUUUGCUGCCUGCUCGACCUUCUUGGCUUAUCUAGUUCGUUUACCCAUCCCAGACCAGGACUUGGAUAAAGCACAUGCCAGGCGACGACAGGCAGCUGAGGCCUCACCGCCAGCCGCGCCACCCCAGGCUGCGGUUGAUGUCGCUGGUCCAACUAUCAGCCCGUCUUCUGACACGCUGCUGGACGCGGACUCCAGCUCUCACUCGGGGUCCAUAACUCCUACCGACCUUGAUGCUGAUCCAGAGGCAAAUUCUCACUCUCGCUCAAUUCCGACGCGUCACCGACGGAGAUUGUCCGGGUUUGAAAGCUUCGACGGUGGAAUGGACUUGGAGAGCGAUGUGGUUGGUGGAUCGGCGCGGUCUAGAGCGUCGCUUGGAGCUGCGCGGACGUGA